AUGAUGCUGCGCCGCGUCCUCUGCGUGCUUUUCCUUGCCCUCUGCUGUGCAUGCGUGUGCGCCACGGCUCAGGAGGAGGGGCAGUAUGAUGUUGCUGUUGUUGAGGCUGGGGAGGGCCAGGAUCAAACUACAACCACCACCACCACAACAACAACUACUACUACGACGACCACCACCACCACCAAUGCACCCGCCAAGGACACGACCACCACCACCACCACCACCAGUGCACCCGCCAAGAACACAACCACCUCCAAGGCACCGACUCCUGGCGACGGGAGCGGCCUCGGCGGCCCUUUGUGGGUUCAGGUGCCGCUGCUGCUGCUUGUCAGUGCCGCUGUGGCGACCGCCGGUGCUGCGUGCUGA